AUGGAAGUUUCUAAAGCUCUGAAAUUGUUUAUAUUUUUUGGAUGUUUCGUACUUCUUGGCAUCUCUUAUGCCAAACGAAUAAGUUCGUUCACUUCAAUAAUUUGUUCAGGAUCAAAUAAAACUUUGGUGAUAUCGGAAUGUUAUGUUAAGCCGGUCUCUGAACAUCAAUCAGGAUUCAACAUUGUUCUGGAUUUCCUUACAAAAGUCAAUAAACUUAUGGUUUUUUAUGAAUUCUCCGCGAAAUUAGGAAAGAGCUUCCGAACAAUUACGAAAGGAGAUGACAUAGAAAUUUGUAAGUUUUUUAAUGGAACAAAUGUUGGUCUGAUGAAGUUUGGAAUGGGUUUACUAGCAAAUUUGCCGAAAAAAUUACUUGGGCCAUGUCCAAAAGAAGGUCAUCAUGAAUUAUUAAACAUCACAAUUAGUAGACCAGGUGCUAAAAAAAACGCUCCCACAUCAAAUUACAGUCUUCUCUUACGAUUUCAUAAUGAAAAUGAUGAUAAUAUUGCUUUGAUUAAACUUUUCGUUGAUGUUUUGACUGUUCAAGAUUAA